CGAUAUCAAACAGAAAAACACACUACAGCCAUGGGAGCAGGAGCCGUGACAUGUUUGAUGUUUGUAGUUGUUGCUCUGAAUGCAAUCGCUGCUGCAGCAGGACUGGCAUUAUUCGCAGUGGCCAUUUGGGUAGCAGUGGACGGGUAUAAACUCUACCCCAUAUCUGGUGUGUCGGGAAAAGAUGACAUCUUUGCUGCGGCCUGGAUUGCCAUUUUUACAGGCUUUGCCUUCUUCCUCACAUGCAUCUUUGGCAUCUUUGCUGCCCUGAAAAGGAGCCGUGCACUUAUGCUGGUGUACCUUAUCAUAAUGUUCAUCAUCUUUCUGUUUGAAUGCGCAUCUGCCAUCACAGCAGCAACCAACCGGGAUUAUCUGGUUGGGAACAGUAACUUUGUAAAGAAACAAAUGCUGCAAUAUUAUGGGCAAGACAGCACACAGGGAAAGCAGAUUACACAGACCUGGAACAGAGUGAUGGAACAGGUGGAGUGCUGUGGAGCAGACAGUCCUGAGGACUGGAUGCUGUAUAACUCCACCUUGAAACAGAUAUAUCCUACAUACAACUGGCCCCUCAGCUGCUGCAAGAGACUGAGCACUUUUGAGUUGCAAAAUCCAGCAGGCUGCAAGGUUGGCCUGACCAGCACCCUAUUCACAAAGGGUUGCUUCAACUAUAUUGAAUCUGUGUUAAGCCGUUACACCUGGGCUGUGAGCUGGUAUGGUUUCUCAGUUCUCAUGUUAGUGGUAAGUCUAGAUGUCUUCUAAAGUACCUCUAUACAUUCACACAGGAUGAGUUAUUGUGUUUAAAACAUCUAGAUGGAACAAAAUGGUCUUCAGACACAUCUUCAAAGUUCUAACUACUUGAAGAAGAGAGAGAGAGAGAAAAAAAACGGUCACCACAAAAUGCUGAAAACCAGAAUUUACCAGAAUUGUGCAACCAAGACGUAGUGUGACGCAUGUGUACAAAAAUAGCACAGAGGGAAUUGAAAAAAUCUUCUGAUUAUUGACAUUUAAAGCUAAUUUUUAAGUGCAUUUAUAUUAAUAUUGUUAUAAGUAUACAUUUUUUUUUACAGUUCUAUUAUAUAAUAAAAAUGUAAUUGCACAUUACUAAAUGUAUUCACUAUUCUAAUGCACUUCUCUCCUACAGUUUUUCACAUUAGUGAUCGCUAUGAUCUACUUCAUGCAGCUGGAAUAACUACGGACUCCACAUGAUACGUCUGCCAACAGCCCAGAUGUUUCCACUCUUGCCGUCACAGAACAACAGAUGAUUGCAGAUUGCACAUGUAUAAUUGAUAUGACAAUUUACAUCCAUUCUUGUAUAAUUAUCAUACAAUUGUUUUUAUGACGUCCUAUAAUUUGACCUCUAAUUAACACAAAAAGAAUGUUCCAGGUUUAGUACAAAUUAAUCUUGAACAAAAGCAUUUUAUGUUAGAAUUUACAAAUAGUGAUUAUCAUCUCAGUAUGUUAAGGAAACAUUUACUUGACUAGGUAACUUGAAGUAUAGCUUUCAUAUUACGUUUUAUUAUGGAUGUUUUUUUUUUGGGUCAUUUUUAUUAACAAUAAAGAUCAAAUAGGUUCUUUGAUUGUAUGAUUUUUUUUAUGCCUCAGUCUUCACUUGUAUUUCUUCUUACAUGAAUAUUUAAUAUAAAAUUUGCUGCAAAUUGUCUUAAUAUCAAUGAACAGGACAUUUGUUUUGUAAGAUCCUUUGCUGCACAUUUGUAUUUAAAACUUACUUGACAAUGUUUCUGUUUAUCAAAUAGACAUGUGACUGUGCUGAUUACUCUUCACGUGUCACUCACUGACCGCUGAUGAAAAAAUUAAUAAAUAAAUGAAAAAACCUGUGGCAGGCUGCAUGCUGGUACAAGCCCUGGGAAAUAAACAAUCUUUAAGAAAGCGAGAAUGAAAAAGAGAACAAACCCCUGGCAGCUCCAGUCCCUGAACCACCCAAACAGUUACAGCUCAGGCUAAUUAUCUAAUGGCAAUAGAGUUUGUACAUGCAGAGAACAGAGAAAGACAAGUUAGCUUGUGUAUGUCUGCCUUAAUUUAUACUCAACUGGGAGUGUCUCUCCUGAUACUCAGAAACAGACUGGUUUUGCAGGAUACCCAGCUAGGAAAGACCUCAAUUUCUCUCAUAUUACGGUUUACACGCACAAAAUAAAAAGACUCCCAUCUCGGAGGGUGGAGACUGCAGCGCUGCAAGCCCUGUGAUUUAAAAUCAUCUCAAAAUAACAAAACUUAGAAGAAAUACUUCAAUAGCAAAUGCAAAAUUUUUAUCUCAGGACAUUAGUCUAGGUUUGCCUCAUCAACAGGAAGAUUGUUUAAUUAAGUAAAUGUCAUCACAAUGCUACUUAGCAAGUUAAUUAUUUUUUAAACGCUGCAAUUUGUAUAAUGAGGUAUGAAAAAUAUUCAUUUUUUAAACUUCCUGCAUUCCAAGGAGAUUUCCUGUAAUACUUUAAUAAUGCCCAUCAUUAAGCUAUACCUCGUCUGACCGGUGUACAAAAACAUAAUGUAAAAAAAUAAUCACCAAACUACAGGUUUCGUCACUGACGGUGUCCAAGGUUUUAAUUCACAUAUUUGAAAAUAUUACAAAAUAGGAUGAACUGCCUUUCGCCAAGUGCAAAAGGCCGAAAGGGAGAUUGUGGGACAUGUAUAUACCUUCAAAGCCACAUGCAUGACCUCUCUCACUGAAACAUACACACUCACAGGUCUGCUAACAUACAUAGGUAGCAUUAAUAUUUAGUGUUUUUCAGGAACAUAUUCCCCUUGGUUAUUCACUGCAUAGAUAUGUAUUAAAACAACAGAGAUAACAGACAUGCGAACACACAGAGUCAUACUCAUUCAUACACACUCUUUUUUUUUUUUUUACUUAAUAGUGUGGAACUUUGGGAAAAUGUUAAUAGGGGUAACUGGGCUAGGGACAGGGUUUGUAUCUAGCUCUUCAAUAUUUGCUUUCAUAAUGAAGGAUUAUUUAAAAGAUGUUUAGUUCUUUAAGAGAAGGCACCAAUUACUAAACAAAUUUUAGAGAUUCCAUCUCUGGUCAAUUUUGGAAGAACAUCCAGGACAUUUUUAAUGACCUGAAAGAUACUAGAGUAAAAAACACUGGAACAUUACGAAGCCCCGGAAAGAGGUAUCUGAAAAAAAUGACUUUUAAAUUGAUAAAGUCAUCCGAGAGGAAUUUUCAGUGUUUUGUGGUGAAUAGUACCAGGUAUUCAGUGUUGCUAUGUUGUGAUUCCUCCUACACAGAAACCCAGGGAUGUCUGGGAGUGACACACUGUGACAUGACCUACCUGAAAUACUUGCUUUGGAUUAGAACGCUAAUAUUGAUACACAAAUCAUCUGACACAAUAUUUGAGAAUGAGCAGAAAACAGUACCACACAGAAGUAUGUGCAUUCAAUUACACACCCUCUCCAAAAAAAAAUCUGCAAUUACAGUUACUUUAUAUGUGCUUAAUGUCAGACACUCUGCGAAUGACACAUUAACUCACUCACAAAUUCACACAGACUAAAGAAAUAAUAAUAAAAAAAAUCCUAAUCCUCACAUUCUUUGAAACAAAUUCAAGAAAUACAAAAUAAAACUUUCACAAUAACUCGUUCCAAUGAAAACUUACAAUAACUUAGGGAAAAAAAUUUAAAAUGGAAAUAAUAAAA